UUAGCUGAUCUCACCAGCUUCAUAUCAUACAAGGUAUAUCCUAUCAUAAAGCAUAAUUAUCGUUGCUCGUUUUAAUGGUACAUGUCAUGUGAACUAUGUAUCAUAUUAAACACUAGCAUACAACAGUUCGUUUACCCCGACCGUUUCACACUCAAUGUGAGGCUUACGACAAGGGACCUUUUCGACCUGAAUGGGGCGGCUACCAUACACACGCUGGAUGUAUCCAAGAGUGCCAAAUGCACCUCGAGCAGGAGAUUUGCAACUGUAGUCUGCCACAUCACGAGUAUUCAGUCAUAUACGGCGACAGGCUAUGUGGCUACCAAGUACAGGAAACAUGCAUGAAUGCCUUGAAAAUAAACGGAUCUUAUGACACGUGCCAAACAAGAUGCCACCUCGGCUGUUUGCAAACGAGAUAUGACGUUCGUCUUUCCGGCAUCGACCGGUAUGAACGGAACGAGACUGAUAUACAUCGUGCAACCUUAAUGCUAUCAUUCGGAUCCUCGAGCGUGGAAUAUUUUCGAUAUGUACAAACUAUUGGGCCAGAAAUGGUUUUAGGCUACAUCGGCAGUUACAUCGGAAUCUGGGCCGGAGUCUCUUUACACGGACUAUUCCAAAUCAUCCACGAUAAGAUCCAAAAGUGGUGCUGCUGUUGACUCUGUCCGCAAA